AUGGCGCAGCAGCAGGCCCCGCCAGCUGCGCAAGCGCCCAUCGUCGUCGUCGUUGACGAAGUUCAGAUCACCAGUGAUGCAGCGCUCGUUCUCGCUCCAGGGGCUCAGCACGUAAAGGACCACACGCCUUGUCUGAGUUGGACCACGGUGUACGACAAUGCAGGAGCAGUGACCAACUACACCCUGGGGCAGAGUGACGCCAAGGGCGCCUUCCUGCCGCGGUGCCGGUUCAGCGUGGACCAGCAGACAGGCACCCUCCUCGAUGGGAACCACGUUCUCAAUGUGCUUUUCAAUGGGGCAUUCUGGUCGCGGCUUCUGACCGCUCUGGACGCGGCGAACCUCUUUGCCACUUCCAUGGAGAAGAUCGGCGUGCUGCACCAGCGGCUCGCCGGUCUGGCAAUGGCCAACCCAGGGGUCUGGGUGGUCUCGCACUCGGACAUCUUUCUCGGUGAAGACUUUGACGCGCCCGCCGUCCCAGCGCCAGCCGCGGGGAGAGGCCGGGGCCGCGGUCGAGGGGGCCAAGCCGCGGCCGUGGUGCCGGUCGUGCCAGGACCACAGGACCUGCUCUUCCUUACGCAACUCCCGCUUCGCGCGCUCGAGGCGGGCGGGGAGUUGCCUCUGCUGCUGUACUCGCUGCUCUCUUUCCAUUUGGGACCGAUAGCUACAAGGGCGGCCCGCCUGCCCCUGGCAGCCCCCGCGAGACUCACGGCCGGCCUUCUCCAAGGAGCUAUCGUGCAAAGCGUGGGGGCGGCGGCCGCCAACCCUACGAUGCUCGCGCUCCAAAUCCCUCGCUUGCUCAAGGGCGCUUCGCUCCCCGUCAUCUUUCAGUCUACCUCCGCGGACCCACACACGAGGCUCGAGGACUUCACGGACUUGCUCCGCAUGCAGGCCGGCGGGGUAGAUGAGAGGCGGCGCAUCGAGGAGCGGCGGAUCAUGCUCGCCACCUCGCUGGGUGCGCUCUACCAGCUACUUAAGCUCUCGCUGGCGGACCAGCUGGCCAUCCUCGCGACGGCCGUUCAUGAUCGGCAGCACCUCGUCCAACCGGGGGCCUCCGCGGAGGAUGCGGUGACCGCGCUGGUCGCGGAGGACCUCCUCUACGACGCGGGGCGCCCCGCGCCUAGCGUGGCAGGCGGGCCGGCAUCCUCGGGCGACCAGCCGCCGCCGCCCAAGCUUUUGGAGAAGGCUCUGAUGAUGCCCAACUUCCAGGCUCUGGCCAGGCGACGCUCGAGGAGCGCUCAUGAGGCACCGCUCGGAGCGCUUAAGCGACCCUACGGAUUUGUUGUGGUCGAUUUUUUGGCCAAAAAGCCCAAUGUGAACACAGUGUUGCUAGUAUUAACAGUAACAACAGAACAAUACUCAAUAAUGGGGCUCCCCAACAAACGUUAG